UGUUUUUGGCGUGAAAGAGCUUCUUGGCCACUGCAGGUUACCGUUUCCCACAACAAAAUUUGCUCACACCCAUGUACUUCAUUCAUCCUCUCAUUCUGAAAUUCAAACUCUGACUGAGAAACACUUCUCAGAGCAGAGAAAAGAUGAAGAAGAUGAGUAAGAGUAAGAGUGAUAAAGCUGCUAGUGAAAUGUUGAACACCAAGAGCCUUUGUUCAAUGAGAGAUCCUAUGUGGGUUGCAGCUUACUUCUACAAGAAGCUCAAAAAAGCUCAAGUCGUGGACACUGACAUUUCCUCUUGUAUUGAAAAGAUUUUGCAAGGUGAAAUGGAUGUUACAUCCUAUAGAGUGCUGGCCUAUCUUGUUCUCGGUGUUGUGAGAAUAUACUCAAAAAAGGUUGAAUAUCUCUUGCAUGACUGUAACAAGGUACUAUCAAAAUUCAAAGAAUUUGUUAUCACCACCACUAAAAGGAAUGCACAUCCAGAAACCUUGCAUACGUUUGUUACAAUACCAGAAAGAUUUGAGCUGGAUGCUUUUGAUCUGGACAUACUUGAGGAUGAUGGCGGAGACCAUAUUGCUCCCAAGGAAAAAAUUACUCUUAAAGAGGUUUUAUCUAAAACUGAGAGAUCUGUGCAGUUUUCGCACGACAAGUUUGAGGAUUUUGAUUCCGGUGGAAGCUCCUCUUCUGCUCAUAAUUCUUUGGUGGAACAUUUUCAUCGUCUGAUGAUGGGCAUGGACUUCGAAGAUUCCCCACCAGAUAGUUCAAUUAAUUUAGUGGCAGGAGAAGAACAACUUGAGAAUAGCUUAUUUUCUCGAAAGGAACCAAUGAACUUUGACUCAGUUUUAAUUGUUGACGAAACAGAAAAAGAAUCUAUCAACUUGUCUGGUGAAGAUCAACAAAUGAAUGAAGACCAAGAAGUUCAAGAAAUUGUGAAAUGUGUGGAUGAAAUAGUUCAAGAAAUUGUGAAAUGUGUGGAUGGAAUAAAUAAAGAAAGAAGUAGAAUAUCUGAGGAGGAAUCUACGGAUAUCAGUAUGUUUUCUGAGCGAGAAAAGGAAACGGUAUUAUCCGUUGAAGCAUUUAAUGAAUCUUGUGAAGUUGACGAUGACCAUAUUAUGGCCAGGGAAAUGUCAAGCUCAUCAUGUCAAGUGCAUCAGGAAAUUACUCAAAUUCAUGAAGCAAGAAAUUUUCAAGAGAGUAUAGGAAGGUCUCAGGAUGAUAUAUCUUCUCAAGAUGAAUUUGUGGACCAUGUUACGUCUUCUGUUGCGAAGGAGAGCCAUGAAGAAGUCGUUGGAGGGUCUGUUGAAGAGCAUGAUAGAAAAGGCAAAUUAGUGUUUCAAAAAAAGGUUUCAUUUGAAGAUCGAACACCUACUAUUCCAGCGCAGUCAAAAACUCUUGAUGUAACUCCUCAGUCUAAGUUUCAAGGUCAUUCAGUUGGAAUACCAAAACCAGGUACUACUACAUCAGAUUUCAUGCCUAUUCCUACACCAGCUGUAAGAGAGCCUGGUCUCCUUUCAAGGAAAAGAAAAUCUGAUAAAAUGACAGUCCUGCCUAAUGAGGAAACGUCAAGCUCAUCAUGCCAACUGCAUCAGGAAAUUACUCAAAUUCAUGAAGCAAGAAAUUUUCAAGAAAGUAUAGGAAGGCCUCAGGAUAAUAUAUCUUCCCAAAAUGAAUGUGUGGACCAUAUUGCGUUUUCUGUUGCCAAGGAGAGCCAGAAAGAAGUCGUUGGAGGGUCUACUAAAGAGCAUGGUAAAGAAGGCAAAAAAUGUUCUCAAAAAAAUGUUUCAUUUGAAGAUGGAACACCUAGUUCUAUUCCAGAACAGUCAAAAAAUCUUGAUGUAACUCCUCAGUCUAGGUUUCAAGGUCAUUCAGUUGGAAUACCAAAACCAGGUACUACUACAUCAGAUUUCAUUCCUAUUUCUAAACGAGCUGUAAGAAAGCCUGGUCACCUUUCAAGGAAAAGAAAACCUGUUAUUGAUAAAAUGACAGUCCUGUCUGAUAAGGUACUUAAAAGGAGCUUAAUUGAUACAAGUGACUUAAUUUCUAAUCGAAGACAAUUUCGUCCUACUUUGCUUUCUAAGCGGAGAGAAUCCUGCAUUUCCAGUCUUCCUGAUGGAUUCAAUGAGUCUUUUUUUCCUUGUUUCCUGCAGCAGCUUCAAUCCCUUUUCUCUAAGAAAAUGAAAAUAUCAGAUUCCCUUGAAAUUGUUGAACCUCCAGAGAGGUUAGAUGUGUCAAAAUCUCAAACUGUUGGCAGUCCAGAGCAUAUUGAAACUUCUCUACGAACCCCUCCUCAAGGCCUAGAUCCACUAGUAACUAAUGAAACUCCAGGGGCGCUAGAUGUGUCAGGGUGUCAAACUUUUGACAAUCCAGAACAUAUAGCAACUGCUCCACAAACCCCCCCUCCGUGCCAAAAUAUACAAGUUAGGUCAGUUGAGCUCCCAAGGAGAACUGAAAUUCAAUAUUCAGAUAACUUAGGACCUUCAAGUCCUCAUGCAAACACAGAGAAAGAGCAACCUUCAAAUCCUGAUGCAAACACAGAGAGAGAGCAACCUCUGGAAGAGACUGAAGUGCCUGAGCUGGUGGAAAAGUUUAAUAUAGAAUCUUCAGAUUCCUAUGAAAGUGUAGAGCAGGAGCAAUGUUCAACAAAAGAUGACGAACUUAAUCUGAUAAAUGAGGAGAUAAAUUCAUGUGAAACAGAGAAUUCAAAAUUGGAAGCUGGGUGGUCUGCGCGAACCAGGAAAUUUGCAAGUCACUUGCAUAGGGUGUUUCAAGAUCAAGGGAAACAAAAAGAGGGGGAUGAUGUGAACUUUUCAGAAGUUGUAGGAGGACGGGAUAGGAAAGAAAGCGCAAGGAUGUUUUAUGAACUACUGGUUUUGAAAACUACAAAUUAUGUGAAUGUGAAGCAAGACAAAGCUUAUGAAGAUAUUGCUGUCUCCAAACUCCCAAAAUUUGAUCAAACUUUUGGAGCUGAUGGUAACUGACAUAGCUACAUGUCAGAGCUAAUUUAGAACUAGCAAGUUGUUAGAACUCGGGUGGAAUAUAGGAUUUUUUUUAUGGUCAAAGGAAUUUUUUUUUGUUACUUGUUAUUUUAUUUUAGUGAUACUCUGCUAUAUGUGUGGAUUUCCGCCACAAGUUCCUCUUAAUUUUGUUACAAAAAAUUUAGCGUGAGGGGAUGGUGCCUAGGUCAAGGCAGUGAAAGCUGUUGGGCUCAAAGAGCACUUAUAGAACAAUACUUACAUUCACCUCACUUCAAGAGGACUAGUGGCAAAGAUAGAAAUACCAACAUGUUAGAUGGAUUUUUUGUUGUUGCAUUUUUUCGUUGUAGAUCUUCUCGUCUAUCAAUUUAUUUCUCAGAUUUUAGCAAAUGGUGGUGCUCUUAUGAAAAAUCCAGAAUGGUUUGAACG